AUGGGUCAGAAAAGAGGACGCGACUCAAAGGCCCAGGGGGCUCAGUCCAAGAAGCGCCAGAAGGCUAUCAAGGCUGACCAAGCCGCAAACGACAGUUCAUGGGACGGUAUUAUCGGCGCUGAGGAGCUGAACUGGCAGGAAGUAGCUCUUCCAGAUCGCAUGGAUGACGCUGAGGGAUUCUUUGGACUGGAAGAGAUUGAAGGAGUGGACAUCAUUCGGCCAAAUGGCAACGGAGAAGUGCAAUUUAAGGCAAAAUCCGGCACAUCAAAGACGUCUAUUUUGAAAGAAACUGAUGGUGAUAACGGUGAAGAGUGGUCGGGCUUCAGCGACGAAGAAUCGACCAAAAAGACAGACACUCCCGCGGCCGAAUCACAAGAAAAGAAACAAGUCAAAGGAGAUAAAAAGCCGAAGGCCAGAAAGGAUGCUAAGGCACUCAAUAAGAAGGAAUCAAAGCCUCAAGAAGCAAAGCCCGCGAAAGGUUCGAAAUUUCAAGCUGGUCUCUCGUUUGAAGCCCUUGACGGCGAAGAUGAAGAUGGCGUCGACGUUUCUGCAUGGGACGGACUGGGCUUGUCGCCUGAAAUUCUCACUGGUCUGUCUAAAAUGAGAUUUGAGAAACCGACCGCGGUCCAAGAGUCUUGUAUUCCGUUGAUUCUGGACGGUCACGAUGUUGUUGGCAAGGCAUCCACUGGUUCUGGAAAAACACUCGCAUUUGGCAUCCCGAUUCUGGAGCAUUAUCUCGAACAGAGAGGGAAAAAUAUCGACAACGGCGGAAAAGAAACGACUAUCCCCAUAGCCCUCAUCCUAUCUCCGACCCGAGAAUUGGCCCACCAGUUGGCAAAGCAUAUUGGGGAGUUGAUCACAAAUUCUCCAGAUACAAACGCCCGCAUCGCGCUAUUGACUGGUGGAUUAUCUAUUCAAAAGCAGCAAAGAAAACUGGCUAAUGCCGAUAUCGUAAUCGGUACCCCUGGGCGAGCAUGGGAAAUUCUUAGCACAGGACAAGGAUUGAUCAAAAAAAUGCAAUCCAUUCGAUUCCUGGUUGUGGACGAAGCGGAUCGGCUUCUCAGUGAGGGCCAAUUCAAGGAGGUGGAGGAGAUUAUCGGUGCAUUGGAUCGCAAACAUCACAACGACUUCCAUGACGCGGAUGAGGAGGCCGAAGAGCACACGGAGGCCUCGAAAGCCCGACAGACACUAGUUUUCUCAGCCACAUUCCACCGUGAUUUGCAACAAAAAUUAGCAGGUAAAGGACAGUGGUCAGGUGGUGAUCUGAUGAACAAGAAGGAAUCAAUGGAGUAUCUGCUUAAGAAGCUCAACUUCCGAGAAGAAAAGCCCAAAUUCAUUGAUAUGAAUCCUGUGCAACAGAUGGCCGAAGGACUGAAAGAAGGAAUUGUGGAAUGCCCUGCCAUGGAGAAGGAUCUAUAUCUUUACUCUCUUUUGCUUUACUACCCGAAGCACCGGACCCUUGUCUUCACCAACUCAAUAUCCGCUGUCCGCCGUCUGGCCCAAUUGCUACAAAACCUUGGACUGCCCGCCCUUGGACUGCAUUCGUCUAUGGCCCAGAAGGCCCGACUCCGAUCUGUAGAGCGAUUCUCGUCACCGACGGCAGACCCUAGCUCCAUUCUCGUAGCAACUGAUGUUGCAGCCCGUGGUCUAGAUAUUAAGGGUAUCGACUGUGUCAUCCACUACCAUGCACCCCGCGCAGCAGAUACCUACGUUCACCGUUCUGGUCGUACAGCUCGUGCUGGUGCAAACGGUAAGAGUAUUAUCAUUUGCUCUCCUGAAGAAGUCGUCAGUGUGGCUCGUCUUGCUGCCAAGGUGCAUCUCAAAAAGUCCAAGGGAGAUGGACCCAAACUUGCCCUCGAGUCCAUUGAUCUUGAUCGUCGUGUGGUUCAACGUGUGCGGCCGCGCAUCAAUCUAGCCAAGCGCAUCACCGACUCUACAAUCGCCAAGGAAAAGGUUUCAGCUGAGGGUAAUUGGAUGCGUGCUGCAGCGGAGGAUCUCGGAGUUGAAUAUGACAGUGAGGACUUCGAUGAGUCUAAGGGUCGUGGUCGAGGUCGUGGUGGUGGACGAGAGGCGCGUGAUAAGCAAAAUAGCAGUAUCUCGAAGAGCGAAAUGGCUAGUCUUCGUGCAGAGCUCAAGGCAUUGCUAUCUCAGCGCAUCAAUAUUGGUGUCAGUGAGCGGUAUCUCACAGCUGGACGAGUGGAUAUCGAGGCCCUGCUACGUGGUGAAGGCAACAAUGCUUUCCUGGGUCAUCUGGACCCAUUGAGCUUUUAA